CCCAGGGCGCUUAUCGCGGCCAGGCAGACUGGGCCGCGCCUCGUCCCCGCCCGCGAACCCCGACCCAGGGAAACCCGGGGCGCUGGGGAGGGGCCAUAGCUCUCAGCUCUGGCCCUCCAUAGCGCUCAGCUCUGGCCCUCCAUAGCCCGAGGCGCGGGAUAGGAAGUUCGCGUCUGCACUGCCUGAGCUCGUUCUCUCGAGGUCCGGGUCUCCCGAGGCCGCCAACCGCCGGCUGCUAUCGUGACCUGGAGCUGCAGCGCCUCCCGCGCCGGCCGCCGCGCCAGGGAAGCGCUGAGUGGCGCCGGGUGUGGUCCGGCGAAGGGGUUGUGCAGCGCGCGGGCUGUGUGCUGUGCCCACACAAACGGUUCUGGGCGUGCAGGAGGGAAGAGGCAGUGCCCGCCACUCCCACUGAGAUUGAGAGACGCGGCAAGGAGGCAGCCUGGAGAGGAGCUGAGGAGGAUUGGGCAACGCACCGUGCCCAAGCUCGGUGGCCUUGUUAAGCGGAAACUGCUGCUUUAGGGUUUGUUUGGAAGGUCCAGCUGACUCAUCCCAACAUUUACAUCAAUAAGUGUUAAAGCUCUGCCUCUGAGCCCGCACAUCCUGAGAUCCUGAGCCCUUGGUUAAGACCGAGCUCUAUUAAGCUGAGAUCCAAUCGAUGAUCUCACUUUGCAUUUAACUGCUAAAUAUCCUUAAUUUUCUCUGAUCUGUGACAGUUCCUCAGCCUUUCAUUGUUUUUUCAUGGACCUUGACACUAUUGAAGAAGACCCGAAAGAUAAAAACUCUCCAGAUGUCUUCCAGUAAUGUCGAAGUUUUUAUCCCAAUGUCACAAGGAAACACCAAUGGCUUCCCCAUGACAACUUCCAGUGACCUGAAGGCAUUUACUGAAGGAGCUGUGUUAAGUUUUCGUAACAUCUGCUAUCGAGUGAAAGUGAAGAGUGGCUUUCUACCUUGUCGAAAACCAGUUGAGAAAGAAAUACUAUCGAAUAUCAAUGGGAUCAUGAAACCUGGCCUCAAUGCCAUCCUGGGACCCACAGGUGGAGGCAAAUCUUCGUUAUUAGAUGUCUUAGCUGCAAGGAAAGAUCCAAGUGGAUUAUCCGGAGAUGUUCUGAUAAAUGGAGCACUGCGACCUACCAAUUUCAAAUGUAAUUCAGGUUAUGUGGUACAAGAUGAUGUCGUGAUGGGCACUCUGACGGUGAGAGAAAACUUACAGUUCUCAGCAGCUCUUCGCCUUCCAACAACUAUGACGAAUCAUGAAAAAAACGAACGGAUUAACAGGGUCAUUCAAGAGUUGGGUCUGGAUAAAGUGGCAGACUCCAAGGUUGGAACUCAGUUUAUCCGUGGUGUGUCUGGAGGAGAAAGAAAAAGGACUAGUAUAGGAAUGGAGCUUAUCACUGAUCCUUCCAUCUUGUUCUUGGACGAGCCUACAACGGGCUUAGACUCAAGCACAGCAAAUGCUGUCCUUUUGCUCCUGAAAAGGAUGUCUAAGCAGGGACGAACAAUCAUCUUCUCCAUUCAUCAGCCUCGAUAUUCCAUCUUCAAGUUGUUUGAUAGCCUCACCUUAUUGGCCUCAGGAAGACUUAUGUUCCAUGGGCCUGCUCAGGAGGCCUUGGGAUACUUUGAAUCAGCUGGUUAUCACUGUGAGGCCUAUAAUAACCCUGCGGACUUCUUCUUGGACAUCAUUAAUGGAGAUUCCACUGCCGUGGCAUUAAACAGAGAAGAAGACUUUAAAGCCACGGAGAUCAUAGAGCCUUCCAAGCAGGAUAAGCCACUCAUAGAAAAAUUAGCCGAGAUUUAUGUCAACUCCUCCUUCUACAAAGAGACAAAAGCUGAAUUACAUCAACUUUCCGGGGGUGAGAAGAAGAAGAAGAUCACAGUCUUCAAGGAGAUCAGCUACACCACCUCCUUCUGUCAUCAGCUCAGAUGGGUUUCCAAGCGUUCAUUCAAAAACUUGCUGGGUAAUCCCCAGGCCUCUAUAGCUCAGAUCAUUGUCACAGUCAUACUGGGACUGGUUAUAGGUGCCAUUUACUUUGGGCUAGAAAAUGAUUCUACUGGAAUUCAGAACAGAGCCGGGGUUCUCUUCUUCCUGACGACCAACCAGUGUUUCAGCAGCGUGUCGGCCGUGGAACUCUUUGUGGUAGAGAAAAAGCUCUUCAUACAUGAAUAUAUCAGCGGAUACUACAGAGUGUCAUCUUAUUUUUUUGGAAAACUGUUAUCUGAUUUGUUACCCAUGAGGAUGUUACCAAGUAUUAUAUUUACCUGUAUAGUGUACUUCAUGUUAGGAUUGAAGCCAACGGCAGACGCCUUCUUCAUUAUGAUGUUUACCCUUAUGAUGGUGGCUUAUUCGGCCAGUUCCAUGGCACUGGCCAUAGCAGCAGGUCAGAGUGUGGUUUCCAUAGCAACACUUCUCAUGACCAUCUCUUUUGUGUUUAUGAUGAUUUUUUCGGGUCUGUUGGUCAAUCUCAGAACCAUUGCAUCUUGGCUGUCAUGGCUUCAGUACUUCAGCAUCCCACGAUAUGGAUUUACGGCUUUGCAGCAUAACGAAUUUUUGGGACAAAACUUCUGCCCAGGACUCAAUGAAACAGCAAACAGUACUUGUAACUAUGCAAUAUGUACUGGUGAAGAAUAUUUGACAAACCAGGGCAUCGAUCUCUCACCCUGGGGCUUGUGGAAGAAUCACGUGGCCUUGGCUUGUAUGAUUGUUAUUUUCCUCACAAUUGCCUACCUGAAAUUGUUAUUUCUUAAAAAAUAUUCUUAAAUUUCCCCUUAAUUCAGUAUGAUUUAUCCUCACAUAAGAAAGAAGCACCUUGAUUGAAGUAUUCAAUCAAGUUUUUUUGUUGUUUUCUGUACCCUUGCUGUCACACUGUUGCACAACAGCAUUUGUUUUAAAGAGAUACAUUUUUAGAAAUCACAACAAAUGGAAUUAGACAUGAAAGAAUCCAAGAUAUCAUGUAUUGCAUAUUAGUUCAUCUCCUCAGACAGUAACCAUGGGGAAGAAAAUCUAGUCUAACUUAUUAACCUAAAAAAGGAGAAUUGAAUUCUGGAAACUCCUGUCGCUGGCAUUUGUUUCCUCAUCUUUAAAAUGAAUAGGUAGGUUAGUAGCCUUUCAGUCUUAAUACUUUACGAUGCUGUGAUUUGCCAUUGUUUAAUAAAUGACAAAUGUAUUAAUGCUAUACUGGAAAUGUAAAAUUGAAAAUAUGUUGGAAAAAAGAGUCUGUCUUAUAGGGUAAAAAAGCCACUGUGAUAGAAAAAUCUUUUUGAUAAGCACAUUAAAGUUAAUAGAACUUACUGAUA